UGUGACUGAACCAGACACAGAUCAGAGCUGUGACGAUAAUUAAUCAUUCAGCCAAUCAAAGAGGAUCUUUCCAGCUCUGUUUACUGGCUGGUCUGGUUCUCAGUGUCCUGCUUGGUUGGUGCUUCUGUUGUUUGUCCACCACCAGUUGCAACGUUGCCAGAGAAACCUGCUGCAACCGGAAUUUCACGUUGAGCUCAGGACACGCCAGGAAUCUCCCUUCAGCCCUGAAGCCGGCUGAUCUCGUCUCUCUGAGCUCUGACUGCCAGCCGAGGCUGCUCAGAGUUUGCUCAUAGCUUCCGAUUUUAGAUUUAAAGUAAAUAAAUUGUGUAUUUGUCUUCGCUGUGUGAGACUGUGGUUUUAGGAAGAGGCAGAGCGAGCGUCCAGGUGUCAGCAAGAUUUGAGCUUUUCAACAUGUAUGGAGCAAGUUAUCAAGGGUUCACGGCUGGCAUAAAUCCAGAUGAGAGGAGGAUUGUUCUGGUGGGGAAGACCGGAGUGGGGAAGAGCUCGGCAGGAAACACCAUCCUGGGGAGGGAAGCCUUCGAGUCAGAUAUGUCUCCAGCUUCGCUUACAUCAGAGUGUCAGAAAGCCAAAGGAGACGUGAACGGCCGGAAGGUGGCCAUCAUCGACACUCCGGGGCUGUUUGACACAAAUUUCACUCAGGAAGAAGUGCUGACCAGGAUCAAGAUGUGCAUCUCCCUGUCUGCUCCGGGUCCUCACGCCUUCCUGGUGGUCCUGCAGCUGGGCAGGUUCACCCAGGAGGAGAAGGACACCGUCCAGAUGAUCCAGACCACGUUUGGUGAAGAUGCGGCGAGGUACACGAUGGUGCUGUUCACACAUGGAGACCAGCUGAAGAAGCAAUCCAUCGAGAGCUUCAUUUCAGAGAGUCCGGACCUGAAAGCCCUCAUCCGAAAGUGCUACGACAGAUACCACGUCUUCAACAACGAGGUCAAAGACCCCCAACAAACCAGCCAGCUCCUGGACAAAAUCGAUAAGAUGACUAUGAGUAACAGUGACAGCUACUACACCAACGACAUGUUCAGAAGAGCGGAGGCGGCCAUAGAGAUGGAGAAGGAGCGACUCCUGAAAGAGAUGGAGGAGAAGAAGCAGAGGGAGCUGCAGGCGCUCCGAGCCAAGUACUCCGGACAGACCUACCACAGGGAGGAGACCCGGCUGCACGUGCGAUACCAGUAUGAGGCUCGAGCCCGGGCCGAGAGGUCAAACAACUUCACCGCAGCGCCAGCAAUCGCCAUAGCAACGUCCUGCGGAGCUGUCGUCGGAGGAGUGCUGGGGGUCGCUGGAGGUCCCAUCGGUGUGGUGCUUGGAGCCGCUGCUGGAGCUGCUGUUGGAGCUCUGGUUGGAGCUUUAACUGUGAGGGUCUCCGAUCGCUGCCACGUCCAAUAUCUGACUUCUCAUAGUACGGCUGAGAUACGAUCUCAGAAGAAGAAGAAUAACGAUGCGCUCCGGAUCGUUCUGGUGGGGAAGACCGGAGGAGGGAAGAGCGCCACAGGGAACACCAUCCUGGGAAGAGAGGCGUUCCAGUCGUUGGUGUCCCCGACUUCCUGGACACUUCAGAGUGAGAUAGCGGAGGGAAACGUCGGAGGAAGACGGGUUGCCGUCGUCGACACUCCUGGUCUGUUCGACACCAACUUCAAGGGAGAAGAAGUGCUGAAGAAGAUUGAAAGCUGCAUGUCUCUGUGCACACCUGGUCCCCAUGUCUUCCUGGUGGUCCUGAGGCUGGGCAGGUUCACCAAGGAGGAGGAGGACACCGUCAGGAUCAUCCUGAGCACGUUCGGUGAGGACGCCACCAGAUGCUCGCUGGUGUUGUUCACUCAUGGAGACAAACUGAAGAAACAAACUAUUGAGCAGUUCAUCUCAAAGAGUGAAGAUCUGAACAAUUUCAUCCAGGUUUUUCUCGGCAGAUACCACAUCUUCAACAACGAGGUGAAGGACGAUGAGCAAGUCAGGCAGCUGCUGGAGAAGAUUGACAGAAUCAUCAUGGACAACUGUGGAGGAUACUACUCCAAAAAGAUGUUCAAGAGGGCCAAAAAAGCGUCCAAGAAGGAGAAACAAAGAACAUCAAAGGCUCUGAGUGCCACAGAGCAGCACAGGAGGAGCACCCUGAGAGCGGAGGUGGAGCAGGAGGCAACUUCAGCAGGACGGGCGGAGAAGGACAACAAAUGUCUUCUGCAGUAAGGAACAGAGAGGGAUGCAGUUUCCAGAGGCAGGAGUUUGUCACUUGGCUUCAGUUUGCUCCUCCAGGAAAAGAAGGAUGAAGGAAGAUCAGAUCCACAACUUUAAAUGCAUCUCAGUUAUUUCAAUAAUUUUAUCUGACAAACAACUGAUUGUUCACAAAUGUAUGGUGGCCCUGAGGUUCAAAUCACAGCAGUAGCCAGAACAUAUGGAUGAUGAUGCAAGUUGAACUUAUCCUGCUCGUGUACUUAUCUGCUUUACCUGACCCUGAUACGGACGUGUCACAACACGGGCUGUUCGCCUGACAAGGCGACCCAGGUGUUCUGGUUCUAUGGACCUGUGUGGACGGUCAGGUGAAACAGACGGAGGCACCAAUCACAGUCAUGGAUCUGGAGUCAAAGCAGGAAGGAAAGGUUUGAGUAUAUAUAUAUAAAUAUAUAUAUAUACACACACAUAGUAAAUGAGUGGAUUAUUUCUUUGUUGUAAAGAUGCUUCUUGGUAAUAAAUCUUCUAUCGUUGGACAGUCUGUUUAUUUCCUUUAAAUGGAGCCACAUUUGUCGGAUGAAGGUUGUGGGUUGUAACGUUUGUAUAAAAAGGACCUCUGCAUGAGCAAAAGUUCAGUAACUUUUGCUUUUAAAACACUCAUUUCAUUCAGUGGUUUUAACAGCAGGAUUGUCCUUACUC